AUGAGUUCCGGAAAGCUUAGUUUGGCUAAUAUUUACUGCUGUAAUCCGCUCAGUCGUCCUGGCCAUACUCAUCGAACAAGCUGUUUACGAGUUGUCCCGGCAUGGAUCAAAAGAAAGUUUUCUGGGUUAGCAGCUAAUGCCAAGAUUUGCAACAGCUGUAGAGUUAUGGUCAGUCGUCGGUUGAAAGAAGAAGAAAUUGUUCCCUCGCCUCAGCGGCCUCCUGUACAAGUUUGUAAUCUUUAA